GGAUGCAUUACUGCAGCACGCGUGCAGGCGUUCAGGGCCGCAGCUUCAGAGACGUACUGUUCUCUGGAUACGCUGCAGAUGGAGGCAUGUUCAUGCCCGAGACCAUCCCAUCACUGUCUCCUGAAACACUGCUCACGUGGAGCCGUCUGUCCUACCAGCAGCUGCUGUGUGAGAUCUGCUCCCUCUACAUCCCUGAGCAGGAGAUACCGCGACGUGAUCUAGAGGGGCUCAUUUCGCAGGCGCUGUCUAGCUUCUCCAUACCUGAAGCUGUGAGACUGGUUCAGCUGAAGGACUCGCUGUCCAUCCUGGAACUGUUUCAUGGAGAAACGCUGGCGUUUAAGGAUCUGGCCAUGUCCUGUACCUCUCAGUUCCUGCAGUACUUCCUGCGCAAAGAUGGCAAACGGGCCACAAUUCUAGUAGGUACGUCGGGCGACACGGGCGGCUCGGCCAUCAGAAGUGUGUUGGGUCUCAGUGAGGUGGACAUUGUGGUGGUCUUUCCCCGCAGACGCAUCACCAGAGUACAGGAACGACAGAUGACCACCAGCAUAGCGGACAACGUCCAUGUGUUUGCAGCUCUGCUGGUGAAGUUGGAGCAUGUAGGCAUAUGCUGCAUAGCGACCGCAUCACCUGCCAAGUUUCAGGAGGUCGUGCAGAAGGCUGGUUUGACCCUUGACCUCCCUGAAGCAGUGCAGGCGUUAGACACGCUGGAAACGCGCUAUGAAGUUCUGGAGCGAUCAGACGACUGGGAGUCCAAGCUGAGACGACACAUAGAGUCCAUCAGCUCAAUGAGACGACUCGGAGCAGCAGCAGAGACCAGAGAUUGA